AGAGUGUGAGAGGAUCAGCAGCAGCAACACGAGGUGAUGGUGACCAGGUGGGCGUGACAACACUGUAGGAGGAGGAGGAGGAGGAGGGAUGAUGGCCUCCUGGCGACCUGACCCAAGGGCGCCGCCAUUCGUGCCUCGGCGGUCCUGUGAGGGACGCCGGAGCGGCCCUAGCAGCAGCACCUACCACCACCACCUACCGCAGCUGCUGCCUCGAGGGAGACGCCUGGCAAAGCUCCUUCAGGGGGGACUAAUGCUGGUGUUGGUGACCACUAUAGCCAUCAACGUCUCCUUCAUCGUAGACAAGACGAGGCAACUGAGGACUGCCCCCACCUCCACAGGGAGUGAGGGUGACGUGGGCGGCGCGGGCGUGGGUCGGAGGAACAACCUGCGGCUCCAGGAGUCACCGCCAAAGACCCUCACCGUCGACGUCGUGUCCAGCCAGAACCGUGUGGCUGUGACUGUUGACGGUGCAACGAUCGUAGAGGAGGGGGAGGAGAAGAAGGGUCGAGGGAUACACGUGGUGGUGCUACACCAGGCGAGCGGCGCCGUCAUGGCUCAGCGGGUGUUCGACACUUACUCCCCCCACGAGGACGAGGCCAUGACGCUCUUCCUCAACAUGGUGUCCCCCGGCAGGAUCCUCGUCCUCGCUAUCAAGGACGAGGGGACGUUCCAGAUGAAGGGCGGAGGGCGUGACGCUCUACGCCGUCUGGGCAGCAGUCACGCCCGCGAGCUGGGGUGGAGGGACAUGUGGGCGCUGGUGAGUGCUAAGGGUGGGCGGGUGUUCGCUGAGCACCUCUCUCGCAGCCCUGACUUCAACACCUGGGGUGUCCCCGUCAUGCUCCGUGCAGAGGUGCCCCUGGUGCCCCUCGAGGUGUGGUGUGUCCCGGCAGAGAGUGAGUGUGGGUGGCCGGACACUGAUGAACACCGCCGUCGGGGUGAGUUCUGUGGCCACAUCGAGGGUUACGGCUCCGUGUGUUCCUGUAGCGACCCAGCACCCCUGACCUUCACCACCGAGCCUCUGCUAAACAACCAAGUACACGAUGUGCCUGUUACCAUCAUCGCCAGCAACCGUCCUCACUACUUGUACAGGUCCCUACGAUCACUGUUGGCAGCUCCCGGUGUCAACCCCGACAUGAUCACAGUCUUCAUCGAUGGUUACUAUGAAGAACCUCUCGCUGUGACCAAGCUGUUUGGGUUGAGAGGGAUACAACACACACCACUUGGGGUGAGGAACGCUCGUAUCGCCCAGCACUACAAGGCGUCACUGACAGCCACCUUCAACAUCUUCCCAGCUGCUCACUAUGCUAUUGUGCUAGAGGAAGACUUAGAUGUUUCUCCUGACUUCUUUAGCUACUUCAGCCAGACCUUACGACUGCUAGAGGAAGACCCCACUGUGUACUGUGUAAGUGCGUGGAACGACCAGGGUUAUGAACACACCAGCACAGACCCAACUCUCCUCUACCGUGUGGAGACCAUGCCAGGCCUGGGCUGGAUUCUUAAACGCUCCCUCUAUAAGGAUGAGCUCGAACCUAAAUGGCCAACACCAGAAAAGAUGUGGGACUGGGACAUGUGGAUGCGUUUAGGUGAGGUACGGCGAGGCAGAGAGUGUAUUGUGCCUGAUGUGUCUCGCACCUACCACUUUGGCUCGUCAGGACUCAACAUGAACUCCUACUUCCAAGACACAUAUUUUAAAAAGCAUUCCUUCAACACUCUUCCUUACGUUGAGCUGAGAGACUUAGACAGUUUGAAAAAGGAGCCAUAUGAAGAGUUGAUAACAGAGCUGCUACGUCGGGGGACAAUGCUGGACCACUCACAGAACCCUUGUGAGGAAACCUUCGUGCCAGACACCACCGGCCACACAUACCUUCUCUUCAUCCAAAUGAACCACCACAAAGACUACACUACAUGGCUGCAAGUCGCCAAGUGCUUACGUAUAUGGGACCUUGAUGGCCGGGGCUACCACCAUGGCAUGUGGAGACUUAACAUCAAGUCCAACCCUGUCCUCAUAGUAGGCGUCCCCUUCUCACAGUAUUCGAAAUUCAAGCCCACAGACCUGAGGCCACUGUAUAUAGAGGCACUAGAAAAGGAAAGAGACAGAACUAAAGUCAAGGAGAAGACUUUAGCUCAUAGAUAACAGUUGGCUAUGAUGGUGGUAGAGCCAGUGGUGUACUCCUGGAGGCCCUGCUGUCUCUUGUGGCAGUGUAUAAGACAUGAACACGAGUGCACAAAAAUUUGGGAGUGUGUUCCCAUGAAAAAAUAAUAUAAAAGGAGACCAUACAUAGAAAAUAGAUAAUGAGACUAGAAAAUAAUAUGUUUGGAGUGGGUAACAUUAUGGAAGAAGAGAGAGUAUGUUGUAUUGUGUAGCCCCAACUAGUGUGAUAAUAUUCAAUGGAAUUUAAUUUUGUUUUUCGAUGUUAUCCAUUUAGUAAUACUGAACACCGAUUUGGAAUAUGUGAUUAACAUAGUAUAGUAUAUGUCAGAGAUUAUUACUUUCAUGAACUGAGUUGUCAUCAAAAUACGAAAGAAUAUUUUUGAAAAGGUUCAUGAAGAUAAUACUGAACCUGAAAUAUCUAGACGAUUUGAUGUGGUUUAUGUCCAGACAGUUACACUUGGUUUAUGAUUUGACAGUUACACUUGGUUUAUGUUCUGACAAUUAGUCAUGGAAUUCAUGUCUGGACAGUUACUCUUGGGGUUAUGUCCGGACAGUUGCCAUACUAGUUAAUAAAGGCCAUAAUUACAUGAAGUGUGAAUAUUAUCAGAAUACAUUGUGUGAACUGUGAGGUUUAUUUAAUCUCCAAUUGGAUGUAAAUUCAGUGUUUUUUCUCAACUUCUAUAAUAUAAUUAUUUCAGUACAUGUAACAGUGCAGUACAUGAUGCAGAUGUUGUCGAAGUGUUUGUGUAUAUUUAUAUUUAUUUUUAUACUGUUCAGUUAUGGGAGUGACAGAGGGAAACCAGGCUGGAGUAUAAUUUAAAUCUGUGUAGAUUGUAUAUACAGUAGUAUGAUUCAAAGCCGUUUCAAAUAUGUAUAGUAUGAUUUAAAUUUGUUUUGAAUAUUAUUAGUGUAAUUUAAAUCUUUUAAGUAUGUAUAAUAGGAUUUAAAUUUGUUUUAAAUAUGUAUAUAGUAAUUGUAUGAUUUAAAUUUGUAUAAAAUAUGUAUACUACUUGUAGUAUGAUUUAAAGCUGUAUAAAAUAUGUUAAGUAUGAUUUGAAUGUAAAAAUUGAAAAGUAUGAGUUAUGGCUGUAUAGAAUAUUGUAAAGUACGAACUAUAGUUGCACGGAAGGCAUUGAGGCAGAGUUAGGAGCCUUGGGUCAGUUUAUGAAGAAUUUAAAUAUUUCGGGCAGCUGAGGGAGGAGAAUUAACAUGUAGAUAUAAAAGAUUUUCCAGUAUGAGGCUUUGUCAAUAAGUAAGGAAUGUUGGAGUGGACACACACACACACACACAC